UCCAGCAAACCAGCAGGAUGUCGGAGGUGCGGCUGCCCCCGUUGCGAGCCCUCGACGACUUUGUUCUGGGGUCAGCGCGUCUGGCGGCUCCAGAUCCUUGCGACCUGCAGCGAUGGUGCCACCGCGUUAUCAACAAUCUCCUCUACUACCAAUCCAACUAUCUUCUCUGCUUUGUCAUUGGUCUCGCACUGGCCGGGUAUGUGAGUCCGCUCCACACGCUUCUGAGCGCGCUGGCAGUGGUAGUGGCCCUCGGAGUGCUGGUGUGGGCGGCUGAGACCCGCUCAGCUGUGCGUCGCUGCCGCCGCGCCCACCCCGCCGCCUGUCUGGCUGCAGUGCUUGCCGUCUGCCUCCUCGUUCUCUGGGUCGCGGGCGGUGCUUGCACCUUCCUGCUCAGCAUCGCCGGGCCGGUGCUUCUGAUCCUGGUGCAUGCCUCUUUGCGCCUGCGCAACCUUAAAAACAAGAUUGAGAACAAGAUCGAGAGCAUUGGUCUCAAGCGGACACCAAUGGGGCUGCUACUAGAGGCGCUGGGACAAGAGCAGGAGGCUGGAUCCUAGGGGCCUGGCAUCUGUACCCAGGACCUGGAGAACCCCACCCCCAGUCCGUACCCAGAACCCACAGUCCUCUCCCAGCCUUUAAAAUAGGAGCCUAGAGUCCGCUGACUAGUCAAAACAACAGGACAUCUUUGACUACCCACCCCAGUCCAAAACUAGGAUGUCCCUCACACUCAAGCUCUCAGGAUCAGUCUUCCCCAGCCCUGAACUUGGGACCUAGAGCCACCCACAUCCAGCAUCCAAACAGGUUUGAGACCAGAGCAUCCAUGGUCAGUCUCAAACCGUGGACCCAGAGAUACUCCCCUACCCCAAAUCUGGGACUCACAGGUCUAUGCUCAGCCCCAAAGCUGGAGCUUGGGGCAGAACAUUCCCGAAUCUUGAACCCUGGACCAAAGCUUUUCCAGACCCCACCCCCAGCUUGGAACCCAGGUUAAGACAUUGCCAAACUUUGAACCCAAGCCCCCAAGUGUCCUCAGCUCUCCCCUAGGUGGAGUCAGGUAUCCUGACCCUGUUGAACCCUUGGUCCCAGGUGACUCCCUGCCCUCACCAGUCCCAGUAGCCUUCCUCCAACUCUGCUUAAGAGAUUUUGCCCCUUCCCCCAGUGUUUCUGUGUCAAGGACCAAGGUGUGGGUUAGGGCAGGGAUAGC